UGUUCACCUGAUGUGUAAUAUUUCUGCGGCGCCUCAAUUUAUGAACUUCUUCUUCCACACAGCGUCUGGACGGGUAACUUAUCGCUGUUCUGGGUCAGUAAUAUCGGACAGAUAUAUUGUGACGGCAGCCCAUUGUGUGCGCAAUCUAAUUGAUGAUCUUCAAGUUGUUAUGGUCCGCCUCGGCGAAUUGGACACGCGAUCAGACAUUGAUUGUGAUCCACAGACAUCGCGGUGCACACAAGCUCAAGACUUUGAAAUCGAAAGGAUUAUCCCGCAUUCGGGCUACGACUCACCGAAAUAUGCAAAUGAUAUUGCUCUCAUUCGACUGCGACGACGUACAAAUUCAUCUUUUAUCAGUCCUCUGUGCCUCCCCUCGGGACAAUACGCUGAUGUUCUUCAGAACGAGGGAACUAGAGCCAUUAUAGCCGGCUGGGGAUCGAUGACCGCAGCCAGCAACACUCCGAGUCCAAUGCUGCAAUGGGUGAGGCUGCCCAUUGUGGGUAAUACAGGCUGUGCCGAGGCUUAUCAGCGCUUCAGCGCCAACUCCCGCACGCCCAUCAUCGUGUCACAGUCACAGAUGUGCGUUCAAGGCAGAGAGAACAUGGAUGCGUGUCAAGGCGACAGCGGAGGACCUCUCAUGAGCGAAGGCAUCCCCGGAUCAGAGCGAUACAUUCUGCUUGGCUUGGUCUCCUUCGGGCCCAGAACGUGCGGAGUGUCCAACUUCCCGGGCGUUUACACACGAAUUUCAUCGUAUAUUGACUGGAUAAUGGAAAAUAUACAACAUUUCCCUCCUAAUUCCAUUAUGAGUGUCCAAAUAAAUUACCUCUGCGCCCUGAUCAUUCUCUGUGCAAAUCUAGUUAAUGCGGACUAUACAACAACCUACGGACAAUGCUACAUGCCCGAUGGAUCCACGGGAGUCUGUGUCAAUCUGCACGAGUGCAAGCACCUGUACGAGAUCCUCACGAGCAAGCGACCACUAACUGAGGACGAUAAGCAGUACCUUCGCGAGAGACAGUGCGGCUUCUUCAGUGGCACAGUUGGAGUUUGCUGCGAAGUCGAAGUGAGUAGCAACUCAGGUUUCAGCAAUAAUGACCUCCUGCCCGAUCCCAAUUCGGGUCAGUGCGGUAUCGACACCAGCAAUAGAAUUUACGGCGGCGAGGUGACCAAGAUCGACGAGUACCCGUGGAUGGUUCUGCUGAGGUACAAGAAGCCCGGAAAUCGCUUCGGCUUCCACUGUGGCGGCGUAUUGAUCAACAAUCGAUACGUUAUGACGGCCUCGCACUGUGUCAACGGUCGAGACAUCCCCGCUGACUGGACACUGUAUCAAGUUCGUGUUGGAGAGCACGACACGGGCAAGGAUCCCGACUGUGAUCCCGAUAACGACUGCGCUCCCUCACCCAAGGACAUCAUAAUCGAGCAGAGAAUCCCGCAUCCUCAGUACGUGCCCUCAUCGCGAAACCAGAGGAAUGACAUCGCUCUCCUGCGACUCGCUCAAACUGUGCAGUUCAAUGACUUCGUCAAGCCAGUGUGUCUCCCAACGGCUUCCUACUUGAGGAAUGACAAUUUCGUGGGCAAAUCCAUGGACGUGGCAGGAUGGGGAAAGACCGAGAGUGUGAGCGCCAGCAACGUGAAGCUAAAGGUGAGAGUGAAUGGCGUGAGCCAGGACUCUUGCAACUCAAUCUACUCCAGACAGAAUGUCGUUAUCGGACAAGGACAAUUGUGCGCUGGCGGUGAGAAGGGCAAAGAUUCAUGCAGAGGAGAUUCCGGAGGUCCCCUUGUGGCCCUGGAUAACAAAGCGGCGAGACCUUACUGGUUCUGCGUGGGCCUGGUGUCCUUUGGACCAUCACCUUGCGGCCUGGAGGGCUGGCCAGGUGUGUACACAAGAGUGUCUGAGUACAUCGACUGGAUCUCUCAGACAGUCCGUGCCUAAAUUCGUUGUGAUGCCACAUAAAGAGAGAAAACGAAUAUUUGUACUGCUGUUUUAUAACUUCCGAUUAAAGGCAUUUUAAAAAAUGUAUAAA